AUGUCGACGACCACCUCAGGGCUGACACGGCGCCGAGGCGGCGGACCCGGGGGUGCGGGCAAUGACGGGGGGAACAACAAUGGCAGCAACGGCAUUGGCUCGCGGACCAACUCGUCGGCCAACGUUCGCGACGCCGCGGGGGGCGCUACGCCCGGGACGGGCUACGAGAACGGCGAGAACGGCCACCCUAUCGCUUUUGACCCGCGCGACAUGAGUGAGAGCGCUGAACGCAGCAAGCAGCCCAAGCUUACGCUGAUGGAGGAGGUGUUGCUUCUUGGGUUGAAGGAUAAACAGGGGUAUCUAUCAUUCUGGAACGACAACAUCUCGUAUGCCCUCCGUGGGUGUAUCGUCCUCGAGCUGGCCUUCCGGGGCCGUAUAGCCAUGCAGAACACUCCGUCGCGGCGGAGCUUCCCGCUGCCGGAUCGUAUUAUCGAGGUUAUUGACGAGUCGCUGACGGGCGAGGUACUCCUGGACGAGGCCCUCAAGAUGAUGAAGACGAGCGAGAAGAUGAGCGUGAGCAGCUGGAUUGACUUGAUGAGCGGCGAGACCUGGAACUUGAUGAAGAUCGGCUACCAGCUCAAGCAGGUACGCGAGCGGUUGGCCAAGGGCUUGGUGGACAAGGGCAUCCUACGGACCGAGAAGCGCAACUUCCUACUCUUCGACAUGGCGACGCACCCCGUCGUCGAUAGCGGCGCGAAAGAGGAGAUUCGCCGACGCACACGCAACGUGCUGACCCAGCGCACUGUCGUCCUCAACAACUCGCAAUGGCUGCCGGAGAACCUUGAGUUCCGCUAUCUACGCACCGUUGCUAUGGUCUGCGCGGCCUACGCCGCUAACGUCCUCGAGAACGCGCUGUCCACCCUCGGCCACGAAGCCCGUGAGAAGGCUUUCAACCAGACCGACGAGUUGCUCGCCGAUUACAGCCAGUGGCCGUUUGGUCGGAAGGCUACGGGUAACGACAUUGGGGAGAACUUGCCGCAGGUCAUUGGCGAGGAAGUUACCAACUCCUCAGAGAAGGAGCUCCAACUUGAAGUCGUUGCCGCGUGUCUCAGCGUCUUCACCCGUUUGGAUUCACUUCUCUAA